AGCGCUCUAUAUAAGCUAGUUGAUGUACUCUCUUCUCCAAAGUUAGGAUGUCGAGUAGACGGUCUGGCAAUCUGCGCACUUAUUUGGAUAAAGUAUGUUCAUUUUCGUAUGCAUAUCGGCUUCUCUGUAGAAAUUCAAACCCACCUUUGAUCAGUACGGUACAAAAGAUGGUAUUCCAUUGUCUGAUUUGAAGAGACUUCUCGGGAAGUCUGACCUACCAGAAUCAAAAGUUCACAAUAUUGUGGACUCAGCCGAUAAAGAUGGAGACCAGCUCAUUACUUACGAUGAAUUCCUAAAACAAGUUCUAUCUGAGGAUGAAGGAACUCUCCGGAGACUGCGUAUUCACAAACGAGUCCUCAAUCGUGCAGUGCUGGCUAUAGCACCGGAUUGUGGACGCGAGUAUCAACGGACUGUUGCUGUAAACUCUGGUUACGAUUCUAUCGAUGGCUACAAUUGGGGUGAAGCAGAUGUUGAUAAUUAUGUACAGGCGUAUGACUGUCGUCCUCCUCCUAUAUUUAUCCCUUUGAUAACUAUUGCUGAGAUUGUAGUUUUUAUUUACUACGUUGUUACUUACAACAACAAACCUAGCUCUUCCAGUAUCGUCACAGCGUCAUCUGGUGUCCCAAUUGAUAGUAUACUUAUUUAUAACCCAACUAAACGUCAUGAAGUAUGGAGAUUUUUAACCUAUAUGUUUAUUCAUAAUGGUUAUGUGCAUCUAGCUUUCAAUUGCUUACUUCAAGUUGUACUUGGUCUUCUACUUGAAAUUGUUCAUAAAUUUUGGCGAGUUGGAUUAGUCUAUUUGUUAGGCGUUAUUGCAGGUUCUUUAGCUCAUUCUGUGAGUGACCCGUUUGUUUUGUUGGCAGGAGCUAGUGGGGGCUGUUAUGCACUUAUUGGCGCUCAUUUAGCUACUGUAAUAAUGAAUUGGGAUAUAAUGCAAGAGGGAUGGCUGAAAGAUCCUUUAAACUUUAUAUCAAGUGGUGUUGUCAGGUUAAUUCUAAUUAUUCUACUUGGUGGUGGUGAUACUGGAUUAGCCAUUUAUGCUCGUUUGAAAAACCCAGAUGAAAGAACACGUGUUGGUUUUUCUGCUCAUUUCGGUGGAUUUAUAGCAGGUUACUAAACAAAUCUAAUUUGUUCUAACAAUUAUCGUUCAUUUGUUACGUAUCCACUUCCUACCAGUAACCAAUGAUUAGUUUCUUUAAACAUAUGUAAAUUGUUUAUUGACCCAGAAUUACAUAUUUAGUGCGUUUUCAUGCUCAAUUUAUGGUGAAAUUUUCAAAUUCGUAGUUCAACUCCUAGAACUUUCAUAAAUAUGUACAAUACUAGAUUGUACAACCAUAGUUACAUUUAAACAGAUAAAUUAACUAGCUAUAAAGUUAUAUUUUCUAUAUUUUUCUGCUACUUAUAUCUCUUUAUAAUUUUUAGAACAGUGACUUAAUGGUUGAAGUGCGUGAUCUCCAGCCUCGCGCUUAUAGGUUUGAACACCAUGCUAUCUACUUUAUUUUAGACAAAUAAGUAGUAUCACGUCCAAUAGACAAAGACAAGUUUAACUAUACAUUAAGUGCACACAAAAAUACUCCUAGUAAAUGAGUUGUUAUUAUUAUUUCUGAGUUUUACAACAAGAAAUACAAGCAAAUGUAAAUGUAUUUACAAACAUAGAUGCAAUAAUAUAACUUGUUUAAUAAUAUCUUCAAAACCCCAAUACAUUGAUUUCUAGUAAUAAAUUUGACCUAGUCACAUGUUCGCUCAUUUGUAAAAGUAUUUUAUAUAACUGAAGAUUGUAUUUAUCAUAUUAAGUAUCUAAAAGUAAAGCUGGCAAACUAUAACAAAAGAAUUUUUUGAAUGCUGUUAGAACAAUAUAAGUAGAUGUUAAACUAUUGGCAGCGAAUCUUAGUCCUAUUCACAUAUUUAUUUGAUCUAUCAAUGCUAAUCAUGUAUCAUAUAAAAAACAGUUUACGUGUUAUUAAUUGAAACCAAACUUAAUAUGUCUACCUCUGGCUUGUAUAAGGGGUAGAUGAAAUAGCUCUUAUCCUUUAAACUAUCUCUUUAUUGUGUACAUAUGUUUUCAUUGAAGUUACAGAUGGUAUUUUUUGUAUACUGAUUAUAAGUAAUGUUUUCUGAAUGGUUAAGUACGUCUAAAUUUAUAAUGUUCAAAUAAAAGAGCACAUACGUAAUUUGUUUACUUAUUGUUUAAGCCUUGGACGUGGAACAGAUAGUGAGUUGUAGUUUUGAACUCCAUCGUACCUCAUUCGAUGUCUGGAAAUGAACUGCAUAAAUAAAUCUAACUUCAUAUUAUACAACUGAAAGCUAAACACACGAUCAUGUACUCAGCUACUGAGUUGUGAUAAGUUUAUCCAACAUUCUUAUUUCACACAGCCGGCAACUAUUUGUUUACUUCAUCGAAGUAGGGUAAGGAAAUAAACCUUUUGAUCGCGAUAAAGUUCGAAAAAUUACAUACUUAAGUUGCAGAAGUAGACAGUUAGGUAUGAAUGAUGAUUUAUAAUAUUUUUCUCUCUGUGAUAUACGACGAUAAUAAGACUGGGUGACCAAGUUUAUAAUACCAAUAAAUUGGAUACUCGAACAGUUCGCCAUACACAGGCUAAAUUACGUCAUAUCAGAUACACGAUUCACAACCAGGAAUAGAGAACCAGAGUAGCGCUAGACAAUACUUUAUCUGACUCAAUUACAUUCAGUCAUUCGAUUGUUCUGGAGUAGAAAUCAAUGAGAGGAGAAGAAAUCACAUAUUUGAUGUUCAGUAAAUUGAGUGCCUGUUUCUUUAAACUCAGUGACCAAUCAGAUUUGCCUUCACCACCAUAUAUAAACUUUAUAAUCUAAUGUAAUUGAAGAGAGUUCCUGUUUCUUUAAUAGUGGUGGUUGUGAUUCUGAAUGAAGAACAAUCUAUUUCAAAGUUUUACCUAGUUAUGGAUCCCGAGAGUUGUAGGAUUUUGUGCUUAUUAUCUUUUAAAUUACCACUAACAAUUACAAUGCAUUGACAGUAUCCAAUAGUGCAAACGAUGUGGUCCAUUAAGGUUUUUGGUACUUGUGUAACUGUUUCACGGGAAUGUGCUGUGCGGUUCCAAUCGUAACGAGAUUAGAUGAGGUUUGUUUCCCCUUUAAACUAGUGUAAAAGUACCCAGUUUCAGUGUAUAUUUGUAAUCGUAAUGUGGGGUGGUUGUUCAGGAGUUGAGGUGUUUGUGUUUCAGCUACUGAGCUUCGGGAUUGCAACCCUGCAUCUAGUUCGUUUCGAUCGACCGGCUGAAAGUCGAGUACACGAAUCGGUGCCUGUUGGUUUGCAGAAACGAAUAAAUCACUUAGUCAUUGCAUUUAAAUCAGAAAAACUUGCAAUCAAGUGACCAUGUUGUAAUUUUUGCGACUCAUUGUCGUUAUACUACGAGGUGCUUGACAUAACGUUGACACAGAUUGUCGUUUUCAAGUAACCGAUAUAUGUAAGAAAAUGUAAGAUUGUCCUUUUCAAAUAGUUUCAUUGGGAAAACAUAUCAUCAAAAUGUUUUCAGAUUUAAUUUUGUUGAGAUUUCAUUACCUAUUUCUCACAUCUAUGCCUUUUUUCAUUUCUAGGUCUUUUAUUAGGUGUAGUUAUUUUGCGCAAUUUAAAGGUGGAAAAGUGGGAAAAAGUUUUCUUUUGGAUAUGUAUUCUUUUCUUCGUCCUAUUUUCUAUAGCAGCUAUCUUAUUCAAUGUAUUUUGUGUAAGAAUUAACAAAUGUCCUGCCUCUAUAUGGAAUACCUAAAAAAUUCAAUCAGAUUUUUAUUAUUUUUUUGACAGAGAAUUUAUGCAUUCUUGUUCUGUGAAAACACACUUUUCCAGAUUGUGGACCUAAUUUUUUACUUCAACGUAUGUAUGUAACUAAUCAAAGCACUAUGUGUUUUUGUGAUUGUGCAUGUGUGCGCCUGCUUUCGUUGGCUUCUUUUGUUAACUCUUUCUCCUUUAUGGAAUUAUCUAAAAUAUACUAUUUUUGGAAACCGUUUAUACUUUUUCCGUUUUCCAUUACUUGUUAUUAUCAUUUUUGUCUAACUUCGUUGAUCUCUAGUGGUUAGUAUAAAUUUUAUCAUGAAACACAUACUUUGUUUGUUUUAUAAAAAAAGACGCGUAAAUACUGUCUGACUCAUAGAAAGGAAUUAACGUAUUUAUUCUUGUCUGGUCAGCCUUUUACGUUCAUUUUCUAUACUUGGACGCUUUCUUACGCUUUAUUUGCAUGACUGAUAUUAAUGUGGUACAUGCUGACACUAAAAUACAAAUUGUUGUUUUCGUAUAUCUCGUGUUCUAAAGUCUAGUCCUAGUGACUUUUGUUUAUUUAUUUAUUUUUUUGGAUCCAUAAUCAUCUCUGGAUAUUUUGAUUGGAUAAACUUUUGUUUUGUCUCAUUAAAAUCGAUUUAUUAGUAUUAUUUGGUUGUGUAUCAGACAAUCUAAGCUAGGUAGAUAUAAUAUCAUUAUCUAUCGUUUUGUAAUGUAUCAGCGUAGCAUGCAUACAUAGAGGAAUUUUUAGUUUUUGUGUAUAAAUGUAAGGGUUCAUGAAGCGUCAGUAAUGAGUAUUUAUUUUCUUAGAGAAAAAUAAAACGAAUAAAAUAGGACAAUUUAGAUAAAUAAUAAAGUAAUGAAGUGAGAUUACUUAUUUAUAGUUAAGAUUUUUGUUUAAUUCGUUUUGUUUAUAUGGUUUUUUCAACUGCUUUGUUCACAAUCUAUAUGACUAAGAUUGAUCAAUAUUUUGUUCCUGUUGCAUAAAUUGUGAAGGUAUUCUUUUUUAAAUAGAUGUAUUUGUAUGCGUUGCGCAAUUAGAAACUUUAUAUUAUUAUUAUUAUUAUUGUUUGCUAGUGUAUACUUUCUAAAAUAUAUUUGUGUACUUAAUAAAUUGUUCCUUUUCAUACAUUCAUAUAUUUAGUAACUACUAGAUAUGAAGAUUAAUAAUUUGGAUGAUUUGACAUUUCAUUAUUUGAACUCAUUUAACAAAUAGAUCGAUGAUCGUAUGAUGAUUAUUUGUUCAUGUGCUUUAAAUGGUUAAUUCUUAUUUUUAUUCAAAAGAAGUUUAAUACUUGAAGUCAAUUAUAAUUCGAUUUAGUACUGAAGUACAAUUUUGCCAACUAGUCUGAGUUAAGUUUUAAUAUAACGUGAAAAACACAUAAAUGCUUGAUAUUGCUGAGGCCAGUGUGAUCAGGCAAUAAUUGAGAAGGUAGCUGUUGUAAUUAUCAAAUUCCAGAAUCUUAACGCGUAUUGGUCUUCGAGCGGCUUUUAACCUAGUGUCCAAUCAAAGACAAAUCAGUUCUUUAUUAGAAUCUAUUCAAUUAUGGCUCAAAACUCACUAUAUUGUAGCCAAAAUAUAUAACCACACAGCAAAGCAAUUAGGGGAUUAUAAUGUGUACAUAACUUAAUUGUAAGUGAUACGAAAUAUGAGUAAUAAAAUAAUUAAUGUGAAAUAUGGAAAAAAGACGUGCGACAGUUAUUUAUGGGUCGAUGGAGAAGUUAGAAAAAGGUGAAUGAAGAAGUCUCAGCGAAGGAAAUUUCCUUUUCGAUGAUAUCAUUUUCUGAAGCUGUACAACUUUUCUAUGUAGCAGUCGAUGGUAAAAUUAUCAAAGGUAGUUGAACUUACUAAAGUGUAGACCACUGAAAGUGAAAUGGUGGUCCCGAAAAAACAGAGUUAAAACCUUUACGGAGUCCCUUGAGAAAUAUGUCUACGACUAUUUUGGUGCACAAUUAUCCACGUUCCAAAUGCAUGCACUGUCACUAUGUUCGAAAUUUUGUGAUACUUCUUGGGAAAUUGAUGGACCUUACACAAAAAUGUAAUUCUAAAACCUCAUCAAACAAACAUCUAACUUAAAUCUGGUUUUCAACAGUCAUUUUGAGCAACUCGAAUCAACUAUAACUAUUGUCAUGAGUACAUCAGUUUGGAUACUAUCAUAAAUCUGAAUAAAAACGAUCUUUUAAAGAAUAAGGAUCUAUUAUUGCUCUGUUAAGAUAAAGUUUUUGGACUUGUUCUUAUGGACUGGAGGGACCAUAUUGAUAAAUUAUCCUCAACAUUUAAUAAUGAGGAAAAGUUUUCUAAAGAACCAAAGAAAAAAGAUGCCAAAUGUAACUAAAGCUAAC